CUCCUGUUCAAUUUUAUGUUUAGCCUUUAAAGAAAAUUCUGUUGAUCGAUUUUUGUAUUUACUUUUGCGGGGUUUUAAAUAUAAAAUUUGUGUUUGUGUAAAUUCAUUGUGCGUUUCAUUAAGGCUAUUUACAUAAUUGUUUUGCAAUUUACUAUGUCUGAACUUCAGUCAUCUUUACUGUUAAAAAAACAAUUGGCAGAACUAAACAAGAAUCCUGUGGAAGGAUUCUCGGCUGGUUUAAUUGAUGAAAAUGAUAUUUUUCGCUGGGAAGUCUUAAUCAUUGGACCACCAGAUACACUAUAUGAAGGAGGUUUUUUUAAAGCACAUCUGUACUUCCCCAAAGAAUAUCCUUUGCGACCUCCCCGAAUGAAGUUUGUAACAGAAAUUUGGCACCCAAAUAUUGAGAAAAAUGGAGAUGUCUGUAUUUCUAUUUUACAUGAGCCUGGAGACGACAAAUGGGGCUACGAAAAGGCAUCGGAGCGCUGGUUACCCGUGCACACAGUGGAGACUAUUUUGAUAUCUGUAAUAUCAAUGCUUGCUGAUCCUAAUGAUGAGUCUCCAGCAAACGUAGAUGCCGCUAAAGAAUGGCGAGAAUCUUAUACCGACUUUAAACGCAAAGUUGCUCGUUGCGUCCGGAAAAGUCAAGAAGAGUGCUCGUGAAGCAGCUCGCCCUAUAUUUGUAUAUUUAUAUUAAACAUUUUAUACAUUAAAAGGAUUAACUGAAUUAUGUA